GUGCGGCUGAAGGGACUGGCUGGGAGAUUCCCCACCAAGUGUCCCCUUGCUUGGCCACGUGGCAGAAGCAGAGGAGCCCCUGAGCCGCAGCUGUGCAGGAAUGGGAGCAGGAGGGCGGGAGGGAGCUGGGAUCUUGGGGGAAGGGGCAGAGGAAAUAGACGUGGGUCGGGCGGGGAGGGAGAGGGAUUCCCCACCUGGGGGCAGGAGGGCAUUAGAGGGAGGAGAGCGGGAAGAAAGUACUCUUGCCCAAACGCGGGCGGGAGGCAACCGGGGAAGUGGAGCCUCUUCCCACGAUGCCCAAGUUCAGGGAGAAGACGCCUCUGCACAGGGUCCCAGAGAGCUGGGGCGCGGGCGGCAGGGGAAGGUGGACGGGGUGGGAACAGCCAGGGGGCGCAGGCCAGGAUGGUGGCUGUGCGGGAGCCAGGAGGGAAGACACAGAGUGGCCCCUGACCCACAGGUGGAAAAGGAAAGACAGAGGAGUGCGUGUCCAGGUUCAGACGUGGGUGGUGGGGUCAGAGGCCAAGCACGCAGGCCAGGGGCACCGAGGCUUCGUGGGGGCACGCUGGGGCCCCCCACACCCAAGCUUCCCGAGGAGUCAGGGGGUCCAGCCUGCCGGACCACAACCAGAACAGUCGGGGCCAGCAGGGUGAGCGUCAGCCCCGAGCCAGGCCUCCAGGGCAGUCUGAGCCCCCCGCCUCUGAGAAGUGGUCGUGGAUGCCCCAUUCACAGCCGGCAUCAGAAAGGUGGGCUGGGGAUGGGCGCCCACGCGCGACACCGCGGGGGAGCUGCCUGCCUUCCGGCUCGCGAGCCCCGCAGUCAACGGUCCCUCCCCAGACUGGAAGCUCCUUAGGGUUGGGUCUCAGGGCCGCCUCACCACGGGCCGACCUCAGGGACUGUGCAGGGCGCUGGGCGGGAGGCUGGUCAGCACCGGUGCUGGAUCGCCGAACCCAGGGGCCAGACACCUCAGGGCCGCUGCGGCCGCGGGGAGAGGGUCAGGGCCGAGGCAUCCCGAGCGCCCGGCCUAUUGCGAGCUGGCUGACCCCGAAGGGUGCCGGCGCCGGACGCUGCGCGCUCGGGCCAACACUCAAGGACAGCCGGCGGCCUCCAGGGGUGGAGGGGCGGGGCCAGGGGGGUGUGGGUGGAGCCCGAGGCAGGAUCCCUUUCUCUUUCCCUUCCGUUCUCCCCAGCCAGCGCCGAAGUUGCGCGCGGAUGAGACGCGGAGAGCGGCACCCUCCGCCCACGCCUUCGGACGCAGCGACACGCCUGCUCUCGGCGCAGGUCGCGCCACGUGCCCUGCACCCGCGCUACUAACCCGCAGCUCUCAAGGACGCACGGGCAACUCGACGCGCACACUGGAAGCAAAUAGGCCUCCCAGGUGCCUCACGGCGAGACAGCCCUGUGCGCCAUGCAACCCCUGCCCGACUGGCCCCCGGCGCCCGACGCCCUGCGGGCCUCCCCCUUCCCGCACCCGGUGCUGCACGCCCUCCACGACCUGUCGCGCGCGCUCCUCUUCCCGACCUACUGGUUGCUGGACCAGCUGCUGGGCUGCUGCGCCCCGAGAGUGCCACCCAGCCGGCUGGGAACGCUUCGAGCGGCGGCAGUCGGCUGCGCGGCGCUGGCGCUGCUGCUGCUACUGGGUUUGCCGCUGGCGCUCCCCGGCCUGCUGCUCUGGCUGCCGCUGCAGGCCUGGCGCCGCCCCUUCUGCUACCAGCCCCCUCCGCGGUGCUGGGUGCCACCCCCGCCCUGGCGCGCUACCGCCGAGCCCGCGCGCUGCUUCGCCUUCCUCACCGCCAACCUGUGCCUGCUCCCCGACGGGCUGGCGCGCUUCAGCAACCUGUCGCACAGCCAGCGGCGCGCGGAGGCCAUCGGCGCCGCGCUCCUAGCUGGCCUUCGGCCCUCGCUGCACGGGGCCACCGACUGCAGGCAGCCGCAGCCAGGGGCGCCCUGCGGGGUGCUCCUGCCUGCGGUGCCCGCAGGUGUGGACUUCGUGUGCCUGCAGGAGGUGUUCGAUCUCCGCGCGGGCCGUCGCCUGGUGCGGCGCCUGGCGCCCAGUCUGGGGCCGGUGCUGCACGACGUGGGAACGCUGGGCCUGCAGCGCGGGCCUUACCUCAAGCUGCUGGGCAGCGGGCUGCUGCUGGCCUCGCGCUACCCGCUGCUGCGCGCCUCCUUCCGAUGCUUCCCCAACGCGCGCCGGGAAGACGCCCUGGCCUCCAAGGGACUGCUGUCUGCACAGGCGCAGCUGGGCACGCUGGACGGGCGCCGCAUCGUGGGCUUCCUGCACUGCACGCACUUGCAUGCGCCUACGGCUGACGCUGCUGCUGGAGUGGGCCGAGCAGUUCGAGGCCGAGAGCGGCCGGAGCGACGAGGCCGUGGCCUUCAGCGUGCUCCUGGGCGACCUGAACUUCGACAACCACUCGCAAGACCACGCUCGAGAGCAGGAGCACAAACUCUUCAGCCGCUUCCGGGACCCCUGCCGGCUGGGCACGCGGCGGGAGCAGCCCUGGGCCCUGGGGACCUUAUUGAGCACCACCGCGCUCCACCACUCGGUGGCCAGCUCCCCGGAGAUGCUGUGCAGGGCCCUGGAGCAGGAGAAAGGCCGCCAACUGUACCUGGCGGGCCCUCCCAGCGGGGGCUGCCGGCCCAACCCGUGGCAAGGCCGGCGUCUGGACUACAUCGUGUACCGGGCACAGCCUGGGGGGCUGCUGAGCCCGGUAAGUGCCGGGGCGCGGGGCGGCCGGGCCUGCUGGCUGGGCCCAGCCUCGAGCCCGAGUCCCGCCCGCAGGAGGUGGAGCAGGUGACCUUCAGCACGGCCCUGGCGGGGCUCACGGACCACCUGGCCGUGGGCCUGCACCUGCGGGUUUCGGCGCCCCCGUAGGCCGGCGACACACGGAGCGGGAGGCUGCGCGGCCGCUGCGCCCGAGCCGGGCGGCUUGAGCAUCUUUAUUGCGCCGCUCACACGGCUUCCUGCGCCCGCCGGUACUCGUACACGCUGCCGCGCUCAGGAAAGGCCACGGGCUGCGGGGGCGAGCCCGGGGGCGGCGCGGGGUCCUCCGGGUCUCCGUAACCGCCGCCGCCGGGCGUGUGCAGGCAGAACACGUCCUGGGGGGCACAGGCGCGGGCUCAGCGCGGGCGCAGGCCCCGGUCCUCGGGGCCCCCCGCGCCUUCCGCGGACACAUUAAACGCGGUUCCUGGA